AUGACGGAGAAUGAAGGUACUAUCAAGCUAGAUAAUCUCCUAUGUCCUAUAUGUUUUAAGAACUUUAACAACUUACAGAAAUUAAAUGCACAUUUAGAUAUUGAUCAUGGUUUCAUUGAUGAGUCAGUAGGUUCGCGAACUAGUUCUCUCCCUGAAUCUCGUACAGAUACACGGUUACAUCAGAAGAAGCAGAUAAAGAGGGAUCAUUGGGUGAAAUAUGUCCCGAACAGUUCUCUAUGUAGCCAUUGUAAUAGGCUUUUAAGUAAAAGUACAAGGCCUCUAAAUUGCAGAAAAUGUGGUAAUAUAUUCUGUAAAAUGCACUGCACUAAUAUUGUCAAACUAAAUAUUGACGCCAAGUAUGAUCCUAUAAAUGGUAAAUGGUUUCAUUGUUGUCAUGACUGCUACACAUCAAAGCCAGGGUAUAAGGAUUUCGGGGCUUCAGCCGACUUAACUGACGAUUAUAUAAGCCUAAGGAACUCAAGAAGGGAGGAUAGGAGUCUUCAGAAACUGCAAUUAGAAAACAGAUUGGUACACUUAGCAGAUGGAUUGAUUAGAGUCAAUAAGAAAUAUAAAGGGAAGCCCUAUUAUGCGUUCAAGCGACGAAAUGAUAUAUCCGAUCUUGAGCGAUCAAUAACACCUUGGAAGGAGGACAAGCAUGUAUCUCGUUGUCACAUUUGUCAGCAACCUUUCGGAUUAUUAUCUAGAAAGCAUCAUUGCCGUCUAUGUGGCUCUAUUGUCUGUGAUUCUAUAUCAAGACGAUGUUCAAAUCAGGUCUUGCUGUAUUUUCUGCAGGAGGUCACUUUAGAUCUUCCAUAUCAAGAGCACAUAACAAAAAAGGAGCAGAUGGAAAUGCCUGAUAUGAGCGUAAGGCUCUGUUCAAGAUGCGUAAAUAUCGUUUACUCCUCAAGAAAGAUAGAGCAAGAAAAGAAAGAAUCUCUUUCUAUGUUGCUUUCGAAAUAUCAUAGCAUGAGUACUGUUGUUAAAGUAAUUGAAGGCACUUUGCCGACAUUUGAAGAACUUUUACAAAAAACAGAAACGACAAAAACAGAAAAAACAGUACCCAACAGUAAUGAUAUUUUGAGUUUGGCUAAGUUGAGGGAGAAAUUGCUGAGAUCAUUCACUACUUAUACGGUUCUAACAAAACAGUUGUUGGUGAUUGAACCGACAAAUAGGACUGAAAAAUCAAUACAAGAUUCGAUAAAGAUUGUGUCUGCGGAAUUUAUCAAUGACAAACUUUUGCCUCUUAAAAAUAUACCUGCUGUCCUAAGUCCUGACAAAUAUGCAAAAGAGCAGUCGGAUAUUCCUCAAGUGAAGCAAUUUUCAGAAAUAAUGAACAACUUGUCAGUGAAGGAAGUCAAAGCGUAUCGUGAAGAAUUGAUGGUACUCAAGGAGCAGAGCUUUUUGAUUGAAUCUAUGGUUGAAAAUGCCAAAGCACUGAGAAAGUUUGACGAGGUAAAUACGCUUUCUGCUAAUCUCAAAGAGUUAUCAUUGAGAUCAUCGGAGAUACAAAAAUUGUUGGGGGAAAACGGUUUUGAGUAG